CCACCAGCUUGUCCCACGAUGACCCAUUUUGGAAAACAAUCCGCAGCACACUCGCUGGCUUAAUUAUAGUACCGCUGCGCAAAUCGGAUAACGGAUAACAAACACCCCUCCGUACGAAUACCUCCAUGGCGUCUACGCGAUCUGCCAAACGAAGAAAGCUCAGCUCACCGGACGAAGAUGCCUUGAGCCCAACAAAUGAAGCCCCGUCGAGUACCAGCACCGAGGUGAGAACCGGCGGACUCAGGCGACCGACAAGGCGCAAUGGCUUGCUUUCGACCGCGACGGAGCAGACCGAUUCUCCUGCGCAAGGCAAAACUACCGGCAGCCGCGCAUCUCGAAGCACUGCAGCCGUAACCGACCCGUACGAUGAUAUCGAUGGCGCUUUCGCGCCAGCACCGAGGCAAUUACGCAGCAAGGGACCCGCCGCGGCGAAUGGAACAAAGGAACCAGAUGCAAAGGAGUCGGGUAGAAAGGGUUCAAGGAAAUCAGCAGAGAAGGAAAACCAAGAAGAAGUUUUGUCGGAGAUUGCUGUGCAGGAUAUGCAAUCAACGGCACGGCCACGGCCUAAGCGGAAUGCGACAGAAGAUACUGGCAAGGCCACGGGGAAGGCAGCUUCUGCGGAUCGCACACCAGUGCGAGUUCGGGGGAAAAGGAAAGCGGCUACGACUGAGAACAAGGUGAAAAGAGCACCUGCAACGAGAGCGAAAACUGCGCCUGCCAGAGCCUCCCGUUUAAGGCGCACACAGGCUGCGGCAGAUGAGGAUCAUGAAACCGCGGACGAGCUUGCCAUCGAUGCACCGGAGAGCAAAGACGCGUCACCGAAGCACAAGACCCCAGCCAAGAAGGAGGCUUCAGCAACUCCGAAGAAGCCUGAGCCAGCCAGUCUUGCAAAGCUUGUGGAUAAUGAAGAUGAGCCCAUCGUUGAAGCGGAGGAGGAAGUAGCACAAGAGGUCGUGGCUCCAACUCGUCGCAACAAAAAGGCCGCUACCAGCAAACAACAGGAAGAGGAUGUUGCGCCACAGGUCAUCGAACAAACACAGGAUCUGGCUCCUGUGGAAGACGAGCUGACCCUAUUAAAAACCAUCAUCUUGGACCGAAUCACUGGCAAACGACCCACACCUCUUGUCGGAUUGGACGACGAAUACAAGAAAGUUUUCCAACUUGUCGAGCAAACAAUCAAUGCCGGCGAAGGCAACUCCAUGCUCGUCAUCGGCGCCAGAGGCAGCGGCAAGAGCGCAUUGGUCCGCAGAGUGCUCUCCGAGCUCUCCAAAGAGCAACGGCAAGACUUUCACAUAAUCCGGCUUAACGGCUUCGUCCACACGGACGACAAACUGGCCCUGCGCGAGAUCUGGCGGCAGCUAGGCCGCGAAAUGGAGGUCGAGGAUGACAGCAGUCUGGGCAAGAACUACGCAGACACGCUAUCCACGCUGCUGGCGCUGCUGUCGCACCCGUCGGAGCUGGCGGGUCAGGAGUCAGACGAAGUGGCCAAGGCUGUCAUCUUCGUCAUGGACGAGUUCGACCUCUUUGCCUCGCAUCCGCGCCAGACGCUCCUGUACAACCUGUUCGACAUUGCGCAGUCACGCAAGGCGCCCAUCACCGUUCUCGGCCUCACCACGCGCAUCGGCGUCGCUGAGUCGCUGGAGAAGCGCGUCAAGAGUCGAUUUAGCCACCGCUACGUCCAUCUCUCGCUGGCAAAGAGCUUCACUGCCUUCCAGGAAAUUUGCAAAGCCUCGCUGUCCUUGCACGCAGAGGAUUUGAGUGUCGAGGAGUGCGCGAAGCUGUCGCGGUCGCCCGGCACUGGUACGGCGAAGGGGAAGAAAGCAAGCCAGGCGCAGGGCGCAGACCUCCUGAGCCAGUGGAACGCCUCUAUCACGCGCCUCUUCGCCGACUCUUCCUUCGUAAGCAACCACCUCGCCCCGCACUACUACACGAACAAAUCCGUGCCCGCAGCCCUCACAACGCUGCACAUCCCGCUCGCACACCUGACACGCAGCACGCCGUUCCUGACAGCCUCAUCCCUCGCCCCCACAACCAGCACGCACAGCCUGCACCCGCCCGACUCGAAGCUCGCCCUCCUCCCGCACCUGACAUCGCUGCAGCACGCGCUGCUGAUCGCGGCCGCCCGCCUCGACAUCCUGCACGACGCCGCGCUGUGCAACUUCAACAUGGCCUACGCCGAGUACUGCGCGCUGGCGGGGGCGGCCAAAGCGGCGAGCGCAGCGGGCGGCGCCUUGGCUGCUGGCGCUGCGACGAAGGUCUGGGGGAGAGGCGUUGCGCGGGCUGAGUGGGAGCGCUUGGUUGCGUGCGAGUUGUUGGUUCCUGUGCAGGCGCCACUUGGCGGGGGUGCUACUGCUGCAGCGGCUGCGGCGGCUGUUGCGCCUGCCGCUAUGGUUAGGUGCGAUGUUGCGCUGGAGGAGAUUGCGCCGAGUGUGCCGGGGUUGGAAAGGGUCAUGGAGCGGUGGUGUCGCGUUCUUUAGGGUGGUGGUGGUGGUUGGGGUGGUGGUGUUUUGUAUGAUUGUAUGCGUGGACGGCGCGGUACUGGAUAGAGACAGAGACGCUGUUCAACGAAGCUCAGCUCAUGACAGACCUAAUCAUCAACAUGGCU